GGCUGAUGAGCACUGGCAGAUCCCCACUGAGUCCCAAGCUGGCAUAUGCCAGUGAGUUCAUCGUUCAAGAGAGGUCUGUCCCCCAGGCAUCGAUAUCCCCCUGCCUGGGAUCAUCUGGAGAUGCCUCAGCUCAGAACUUCAGGUCCAGAGCUCGGCAGGUGUCUCACAGUGCAGGCACCAGCCCCUCCAACAGCAAUAGAGCCACCAUCAACUCUACCAGUACUGCAAACUUAAUACUGUCCAUUUCUAUAAGGAGGAGGAAUCUGCUCAUCUGUCCCCUGCUGGAGGGAGAGGAGAAUUUGCGGCUGCUCAACUUACAGCACAACCUGAUCUCUGAGAUCCAGCACCUCUCUCACCUGAGGCGGCUCAUCUUCCUCAACCUGUAUGACAACCACAUCACUGAGAUCACCGGGCUGGCCGCACUCACCAGCCUGCGCGUCCUUAUACUGGGCACCAACAGAAUCUCAAGGAUUUCUGGUCUGGAGAGCCUGUCCAAACUGUAUGCUCUGGAUCUUCAUGGAAACCAGGUACACUAAAAAUGGCCAGUCGGUACAUCAAAACUAUCGCCCUGCAACCUUCCUUACCCUUCUGACAUACAUGCCACAUUUCCAUCUGCCACUGGGAUUGACUCGUUUAUUUCCAUCAGCAGC